AUGGAAACCACCGUGUCACCACCAGAGUCCACCGCCAAUGUCUCAACGAACGUUGAUCCUCUCGAACUCUCCGCCACAAACAACCCUGCGAACGAUACGACAACUGAUGCCGCCGUUUCGUACGUGCCGUCUGACCCCAAGGUAACUGAACCCAUCUCCGAGUCACACGAACCCCAAACCCAACCUCCGCCUGGAUCCCAACCUGGGCCCUCACCACAGAAGAAACGGCGCCGUCGUAGGAAAAUAUUUACCGAUAUGAUAUCAACAUCCGCCUCUCGCCUCCGUGUCCUCCGCCCGCACCCAAAACAAACCACCGCCUACUCCCACUCUGAGACUGAACUCCCCGACUCACCUUCCUACCAGCACCAACGCAAACGCAAGUCCCCUCCCGACCUCGACAAGGAGGUCGACAUAGAGGCCCUCAUUGCCAUCUCCGUUGGAUUCCCUGUGGACUCCCUUACUGAGGAGGAGAUCGAGGCGAAUGUUGUAUCCCAAAUUGGUGGCGUCGAGCAGGCUAAUUACAUUAUUGUGCGUAACCACAUCCUUGCGCGGUGGCGAUCUAACGUGUCCCUCUGGCUCACCAAGGACCACGCCCUUGAGUCCAUCCGCGCCGAGCAUAAGAACCUAGUGAAUUCCGCCUAUAAUUUCCUUCUCCACCAUGGUUACAUAAAUUUCGGGGUUACCCCUGCAAUCAAGGAAGUGAAGAUUAAGCCAGUGGAUGGAAUGCCAAAAGGCAGCGUGAUUGUUAUAGGUGCGGGGCUCUCCGGUUUGGUUGCAGCCAGGCAAUUAAUUUUUCUGGGCUUUAAGGUUGUAGUGCUCGAGGGUCGGGCCCGGCCAGGAGGGAGAGUCCGCACUAAGAAAAUGACUGGAGGUGAUAGCAAGACCUUGGCGGCUGCGGACCUUGGCGGGAGCGUUUUGACGGGAAUUAAUGGGAAUCCGUUAGGGGUUUUGGUUCGACAGCUUGGAUUCCCGCUGCAUAAGGUGAGGGAUAUUUGCCCUUUAUAUUUACCUAAUGGCAGGAUGGUGAAUUCAGAUAUCGAUUCAAAGGUUGAGGUCUCCUUUAAUGAGUUGUUGGAUAAGGUUUGUAAGCUUAGGCAGGGAAUCAUGGAGGAAGUUAAGAGCGUGGAUGUUUCACUUGGGACUGCGUUGGAGGCAUUUAGGUCUGUGUACAAGGUGGCCGAGGAUCCAAUGGAGCGGAUGUUAUUAGAUUGGCAUUUGGCCAAUUUGGAGUACGCCAACGCGACAUUGAUGUCCAAUUUGUCCAUGGCAUUUUGGGAUCAGGACGAUCCAUAUGAAAUGGGUGGUGAUCAUUGUUUUAUUCCGGGAGGAAAUGAGAGGCUUGUUAGGGCUUUAGCAGAGGACCUUCCAAUUUUUAGUGAUCGACCUGUGGAGAGAGUGAUAUAUGGAAGUGAUGGGGUGUUAGUUCAUGCAGGAGGUCAGGAGUAUCGUGGUGAUAUGGUGCUGUGCACAGUGCCAUUGGGGGUGCUCAAGAGGGGAGUAAUUCAGUUUGUACCAGAGCUACCACAACGGAAGCAAGACGCAAUUGAGAGAUUAGGGUUUGGAUUGUUAAAUAAGGUUGCCAUUUUGUUUCCGUAUGAUUUUUGGGGUGGAGAGAUAGAUACAUUUGGACAUUUAACAGAGGACCCGAAUAUGAGAGGGGAGUUCUUCCUGUUCUAUAGUUAUUCUUCAGUAGCCGGUGGACCACUGCUGGUUGCUCUUGUGGCUGGUGAGGCUGCGGUCAAGUUUGAAAGUAUGUCUCCCGUGGAAUCUGUGAGCAGAGUUUUGGAGAUUUUGAAAGGCAUUUUCAGCCCGAAGGGAAUUGCAGUUCCAGAUCCGCUCCAGGCUGUUUGUACUCGUUGGGGUCAAGAUCAGUUCUCAUAUGGGUCAUAUUCUUAUGUUGCAAUAGGCGCUUCGGGAGAUGAUUAUGAUAUCCUUGCUGAGAGUGUUGCAGAUCGAGUUUUCUUUGCUGGAGAAGCCACUAAUAAACAGUAUCCAGCAACAAUGCACGGUGCUUUUCUUAGUGGGAUGAGAGAGGCUGCUCAUAUAAAUAGGGUUGUUAAGAGGAGAUCAAUGCCUUCCCCUGAGAAAUUGAAUAAUCUUGAUCAGGAAAGCAGUGAUUUGGAUAUCCUAUUCGAGACCCCUGACCUUGCAUUUGGCAAAUUUUCUGUUCUGUUUGAUCCCCGAUCAGCGGAUUUAGAAUCCAAUGCUUUGUUACGAGUUGCAUUUCAGGGCGAGAAGUUGAACUCUGAUUUUCUUUAUCUAUAUGGCUUGGUCCAGAGGAAGCAGGUUAUUGAGCUGAAUAAGGUGGAAGAAGAUCUAAGCAGGAUAAAGAUGUUAAAUUGUGACUUUCAGGUGAGGUUGGUUGGGAGGAAAGAUCUAUGUAAUUCUGCCGAGUCUAUCAUCACCUGCAUCAAAUCGGGUAUACUAUCUUCGAAUUAG